AGUGAUGAUGAGUGAGACGGGGCUUCGGAGGAUCCUCCCUCACCAGUCAACAGGGAGCGUUCACUCCUUUGGCACCCAACGUCACCCAAGCAUCAGCGACCCGAUCCUAUCAAAGCGGGUCUGCUUCUACAAAAGUGGAGAUCCUCAGUUCAAUGGCCUGCGUAUGGUCAUCAACAACCGCACCUUUAAAACAUUUGAUGCUCUCCUGGACAGUCUCUCUAAAAAGGUUCCCCUACCGUUUGGGGUUAGGAACAUCACCACUCCUCGAGGGGUUCAUGCAAUCCAUACUUUGGAUGAACUGGAGGAUGGGAAAUCUUACAUCUGCUCUGAGAGUCGUAAGGUAAAACCUAUCAACCUGGCACUGGCAAGAAAGAAACUACCGCCCUGGUACCAUGCUAGUCCUGUUAGUUCCCGCCGUCGGACUGUACAGCAGGCCAGGUUUUUCCCCGGCCAGAGCAUCCACAAGAAGAACCUGGUGGUUUUGCGCACACCAAAGAGACUACUGGUUUUUCGCAAUGGUGACCCCAUGGUAAAACACACUGUGGUGCUUCACAAGAGGACUACACCCACCUUUGAGUCCAUCCUGGAAUAUAUCUCAGAGCUUCUCCAGUUCCAUGUGGUGAAAUUACACACAUCCGAUGGCAGACGUGUGGACAGCCUUACAGGCUUGAUACUAUGCUCUGGUAUUGUAGUGGCUUCAGGCAGGGAGAAAUUCAGGCCUGCAAACUACAAUGCACAAAAAUCACCAGUUCCAACAAUGCUGCCUUCCAAUCGAAUGGGUCGCCGAAGACUAAAGGCUUUCAAGCGGAAAAAGAAGUAUGUAUCAUAUACUUCAAAGUCAAGAAAAUUCUCCCCCUCAUCCGAGAGGUACAUUGUGAGUCGGAUCCAUGAUUCAAUCGCAGAAAGUCCGUGCUACCUGCCCAGUAACCCCACAAACUCUGUUGAGUUGGAGUCGGGUCGUAUAUUGGAGUCAGUUGCAGAAACAGACGGAGCAAGAGGGCCGGACGGCUUUCUGCCCUCAGACGAUGACAUUGAGAAGUCCUUUCGAGUGAACCAAGAUGGAAGCAUGACAGUGGAGAUGAAGGUGAGGCUGACAAUUAAGGAAGAGGAAACAAUCCACUGGACGACCACUCUAACACGCUCAAGUGUAGCCAAUCAGCUUAAUGCUGGUUUACCGGAACCCGAGGCAGGCCAGGAGAUCAGCUCACUGGAUUUACAAAGUCCUGUUGCCUCUAUCGAUACCAUCAACAAGGACCAAACUGAGGAUAACACUGACGAAGAGCCACCAUCGCUGAGCAAUGGAGCUUUCUGUGAGAGUAGUAAUGAAGAUGAUAAUAUCAAAGCACAGAUGGACGUGGUGUCCCCUUGGAGAGCUCCUACACCAGGACACAAGGGUCUUAGACAAAAGCAAACCUCGCUGGAGAACAUACAAUCAGUGAUGAAAGAGGGGUUUCAGGAAAGUAUGUUUGGUUCUUACUCCUACAAAGAGCAUAAAGAACAUGGAGCCAUGACUGAACAGUACUGCAUGGUCAAACAGCGUAGCACUAAACCAGUGCCCAAACCUAGAAGAUUUGGCUCUGUGGAUGCCAUCAGCAUGAACAGAAAUGUCUCCACAUUCAAAUCAGCAGGGAUGACUGAAAUCCUGCAGAUUGAGUCCAAUGGAGAGGAGGCCAGCUACCUCAGGAACUGGACAGCUUUCUUCCAGUAA